CUAUGAAUAUCUCAUUGGCAGGAGUGCUUCUGUUCCUUUUGUGGACGUUUUGUAUCAUUGCCGUGGCCAGUGAAAGGAGAUCCAAGGAGUCCCCUCCAACCGUCUCUCAACCCGAGUUUGAGAAGUUGGCCGUUACAACGUUGGAACGAUCCUCAAUGCGAGCCCCUGAGGAGACAAAAAGGCCCAGUCAGAUUACCUCAAUCCAAGAUCCCAAGCCAGUCCUUCAGAAACGUAAAGCAAUCCGACCCAAGACCAGCGACAGACGAUCAUAUUUGAACCAAUUCAACUUCCAAGAUGCAGAGAAGCAGGCCUUGGACGAAUAUGACGUGAGGGAAUAUGCUCGAAACAAGCGCUUCUAUCCCAUCGAGCCUGGGUGCAUCAAAGGAUAUGUGUGUUGUCAGAAUCCUUAUUGUCGACAAUUCUGCUCACUAUGUAGAGGUCAAUCGACAAAUCAAUAUCAAUCAGCUCAGCCAGGUAUAUACGAAUGCGAAGACCUCAAUAAUAAUACCAUUUGUGAUUAUGAAGAGGAAGAUGUAGAGGACGAGGCUGAAAAGAUGUUAGCUGAGGAACUGGAAAGGAAGAAAAAGGAGGAAGAGGAAAAAGAAAAGAUGCUGGCUGAGGAACUAGAGCGCAUGAAGAAAGAGGAAGAGGAAAAAGAGAAGAUGCUGGCUGAGGAACUAGAGCGCAUGAAAAAAGAGGAGGAAGAAAAAGAAAAGGCGGAAAUGGAGGCACAAGAACAAGAAAGGAAAAAAAUGGAGGCCGAAGAGCAAGACAGGAAGAACAAGAAAAAUGAGACCAAACUGUCGCGAGGCCAAUUGGAGUUCACUCAUCACAUCUACGAAGAGUAUCAGCCUCAAUUCCAAGCCGAGACCAAGGCUCCCAUCAUACUGCAAACUAUUCCUCAAUAUUCCAUUAGUAACUAUUACUCUUUGAGCAGGCACCAACAUCCAACCUCUUUAGCUCUAACACCUUUUUCAAACCACGCCCACUCUUCUUCCUCUUCUAUCCCAUUCCCACCACAAUCACCAACCCCAAUUUCACCACAUUCCCACCACCACCACCGCCAUUUCAGUCAUUCUCAACACUCUUUUGAUUCAUUUGAUCCUCAUACAAUCCAAAACCAUGUUGCCGGGCACCACAGCUCAUUUGGCUUGGAGGGUCAGCGUCAUUCCAACCCGACCCUCUUUUAUGAGGACAUCCAUCCCACAUCUGGGUUGAGCCCCGGGAGUGGAACAGGACCCUCAGCUCCUCCACCAAUGACUCACAUUGCUAACGGCAGGCACCACUACAAACAACAUCGUUAUCCGAAGCAUUUAUUCGACAACCCUGAUGAGGCUCCUCCAUUGUACGUGUCUUCGUCGGCUGGAUCCAAACCCCUCGCUGAUACCUACAACUUUAAUCCAAACCACCACCAUUCCCUACCCCAGGCUCAAACCGUUAUCUAUCAAGAUCCACCCCGCCAUAACACCCCGGCCCCAGCCCCUCCGCAACCUCUCUUAAAAUAUCACUUGAUUCGUCAAUCCUAUCCGGCCUCUGGGGAAAAUAAGGACUAUUUCGCGGAAAUCCCCGCCUUCCUACCGGGCCCACCCUAUUUGCCACAAGCGUUACCAUCGAGAAAGACACCUGUGAUUCAACGACCUCAUCGGAAGCGUAACAGGCAAGGGAAAUUAGUGGCACUAAAGGGCAAGAAGAAAAAACAAGCCAAGAGCAAACAGCCAAAGAGAAAAGCCUCUCGCAUUGGUGCCUUGGUACGAAAUCUUUUAGGAUGAGUUGAUCUCUGCCAUGACACAUUGGUAAUUGUAAUGCCUGGUAUCGAAAUGCUCUUAAUUCAAGCAAGUCAUUAAAAAUGCAUAAAAACUCCCCUCUUUCGUUUGUGUCAUUAUUUUUUUGGGAUUCACGUCUUGUUAUGUCUUCCCGCUCCUGGAGAAAUGAAAGCACUUGAAAGGUUGCCCUUCAAAGAUCGACUGAACCAUAGAGUUCUAGGACAUUGGAUGUCAAACAACCGACAACUCGGCUGGUAAAACAGUAUAACGGAUGGUCUCCACAAUAUCGGAAAUGUCCACUUUGAGUAAACUCUGCCCGUCUUGAUGAUACUUUUCCUCGACGCUUUUUUAAUAGAGGUCUAUGAAUUGGAACAACUUGCAUAACACAUCGCUCUCCUCCAAGACCUUUUAGUGCUUAACCUCGAAUCGGUUAA